AUGUUAUUGCUAACCAUAUUAGUUCUGUUGCUGUUCACCUGGACGAGUUUAGGCCAAGCUGACAGUUGUCCUCCCUCUGAGGCUAUAUUACCCUGUCGCUGUACUCUGCGUGGCAAGGAGAUACAAAUAUGGUGCUCACAUAGCAAUUUGCCACAGAUUAUGGAUGGCCUGAAGGCAGUGGAGAGGAAUAUUAAAAGUCAAAUCGAUGAAUUGGUCCUGGAAAAUAAUCAAUUGCCCGCCCUGCCUGGUCGAUUUUUUGGCAAUCUUCAGAUAGUUAGACUAAUGCUACGCUACAAUAGCAUUGAACGUGUCUCCAAUGGUUGGCUGAAUGAGCUAGAGAAUUCCCUGGUGGAGAUAUUCAUAGUGGAGCCACAAUUGCGUAGUAUACCCACAGAGAGUUUGAAUGGCAUGAUCAAUAUGCUGGCCAUAACGAUACAAAGUGAGGAAUUGAAGCAUUUACCCGAUUUCUCUGGCCUCCUGAGUCUCACUUAUUUGAGUGUACAGACAUUGUCGUUAAUUGAAUUGCCACCGCAGAUUUUCAGGCAUUUGCCGAAAUUGCAACAUAUCCAUAUAACUGGUGGAUCGGGUCUGACACGCCUGGAAUCGGGUCUAUUCGAUAAUUUGAUCUCUUUAAAGAAUUUGGAUCUCUCGUAUAACGCAUUAAAUUGGGUGCAUUUGCGUUCUCUGACCAGAUUACCGAAUUUGGUUAGUUUGAAAUUGUCGCACAAUCAGAUCAGCGAUGUGGGCAUGAUUGGACGCAUUGUCAAGGAUUUGGAGCAUUUGAAGAAAUUGCGUUUGGAUCACAAUAUCAUAAAUGUCAUUGAUGAGGGAUCAUUUGUCGAUUUGCCCAAUUUGUCGGAGUUACAUUUGAAUGAUAAUCGCAUUACGGAACUCCAAUAUGGGGCAUUUUUGGGUUUGCCACAGCUGAAGACAAUUUAUUUGCACAACAAUCUAAUACGGCGCAUUCAUCCGGAAUCGUUGCUCCAAACAUCGGGUAACUCGGGUGUGGAAUCCAUGCAUAUCUAUAAUAAUGAAAUCUCCCAUGUCGAGGGAUUGCGAGCCCUCUUGGAUUCAUUGCCAACCCUGCGUUUUCUGGACAUGAGUGGCAAUCUGCUGAGUGAGCUGCCAUUCGGUUCGUUAAGGGGUCACGGGACACUGGAACAAUUGCAUUUGAAUAACAAUCAACUCAGAUUGAUUGAACGUGAUGCUCUAAUGGCCAUGCCGGCCUUAAGAGAGCUACGUAUGCGGAAUAACAGCUUGUCGUCGGAGUUGGGCAAGCCCUUUUGGAAUUUACCGGGUCUGAAGGGUUUGGAUCUGGCUCAGAAUCAGUUCACGCAAGUGGAUUCACAACUCUUGGCUGGUCUGCCAUCCCUGAGGCGCUUGGAUCUGAGCGAGAAUGGUCUGAGAGAGUUGGCUGCCAUUAGUUUUCGGCAUAAUCCACUUUUGGAAACUCUGAAUAUAUCUUCAAAUGAGUUAACCAACAUACAUCCCGGUACAUUUUCACAUUUGGAGCGACUCUUCGAGGUGGAUGCCAGCUAUAAUCAAUUGCCAACGGUUAUACCAGGUCUACCCAAGAUUGUGGAACGAAUCUCACUGAAGGGUAAUCAAAUUGGAUCUUUGCCAGCUGCAGCCACAAAAACUUUGCAGUUGCCCAAUUUAAGAAUGCUCGAUCUUAGCCAGAAUCGUAUUGAUCAAUUGCCACGUCAUGGCUUCCAUGGUGCCCCACAAUUGCGGGUACUCAGUUUGGCCCAGAAUCAAUUAACCCAAUUGGAGGAUACAUCCUUUAUGGGUAUUCAACGCCUGGAAUUGCUUCAUUUGCAAGACAAUCAUUUAAAUCUGGCCGAUGAGCGUUCCCUGUUGCCCCUGGCCGAAUUAAGGAAUCUGAAUAUGCAAUCGAAUAAAUUGGAAUCCAUCACAGAUAACUUCUUCUCCAACAAUAGUCGUCUGGAGCAGUUGGACCUUUCAAGGAAUCUCAUACGUAGCAUAUCACCCACUGCCUUUGAUACGCAAAGAUCUCUGGAAUAUUUGGAUUUAUCGGGUAAUGCCCUACUGGACAUAUCGGUGGGCCUGGGUCAUCUACAUAGCCUGAGAGACAUUGAUUUGAGUUACAAUCAAAUAUCCCGUAUACAAUCGGACGUUGUCGCCGGUUGGCGGAAUGUUGUCGAGAUUCGUCUAUCCAAUAAUCUAAUUGUCGAGCUUCAACAGGGCACAUUUAAGAAUUUACCUAAGCUACAGUACUUGGACUUAAGUAGCAAUGAGAUCAAGAAUGUGGAACCCGGUGCUCUGAAGUCUCUCAAUGAUCUGCAGGAAUUCGUUUUGGCCGAUAAUAAAUUGAUUGAGCUCAAGGAUCAUGUAUUUGAGGAGUUACCCAAUCUGUUGGCGUCACAUUUUCAAUAUAAUAAACUACGUUACAUCUCUCCCGAGAGUUUUCACAAUGCCAAUUCUUUGGUAUUUCUCAAUCUAUCGAAUAACCACUUUAGGAAUAUGGAAAACAUCGGUUUGAGAAGUAUGCGCAAUUUGGAAGUGCUAGAUUUAUCCACAAAUGGUGUUAAGUUGGUCUCGACCAUGCCAUUGAAGGCACUCAGCUGGCUGGUGGAACUAAAAAUGGAUGACAAUCAAAUAUGUCGUAUACAGGGAUCACCAUUCGAGACCAUGCCAAGGCUACGUGUUCUAUCGAUGCGUAAUAAUCAAUUGAGGACGAUUAAGGAGCGAACUUUUCGCAAUUUAAGAGGCAACAUUGCGAUCCUAGAUGUUGAUGGCAAUCCUAUUGAAUGCAACUGUCAGAUGCAAUGGCUUUCAGUGUGGCUACAGGAGACGAAUUUUCCCUAUCCCGGACCCAAAUGUCAGGAUGGUCGUCUUCUGAGAGCUGCUCGCAUGGAACGCAGUCUCUGCCUUGGUUUUGAUCAGAAUGAAGAGCGGACAGAGGGAGAGGCAACCAAUAAUUAUAACCAUUUGCCACUUCUUAAUGAGCAUGGCGAUGUUUUUCAGCGCGAUUUACCCGAGGACUUUAAUGAUGAAUGUGAGAUCCCAUAUGAGGCGGCAACUCGGCCAACAGGCGAAAGGCCUUUGGUGGGUGAGAGUGAAUAUUUUUACGAUCAAUAUGUUGAUUCAACUGAUGCCCCACUGGAUGGCAGCAGCACCACCUCUACCAAUAGACUGAAACCUAGUCCCAGUCAGAGUAUUAAUCUCAAUAAAACGCUGCUCCAUACCAAGUACUUUAAUAGACGGCCUCAGCAGGGCAGUGCAGGUGGAGCAGCUGAUGGAUCGCCAUUCACUUUCUUUGGCUAUCCCAUACCAAGUCUAAGUUUGGGUCGCUUUUUCGGAUUUGGCCAACGUGGACGCAAGCAGCGUACAGAUGGCACUGCUCUCGAUGAUGACCAAAUGCCUGCCACACAUCGCAUGGCUCAAAUUAGUUUACCCAGUGGUCGGGCCAAGACUCGAAUGUAUCAACCGAAUAGUGCGGAGUUCGAGAAAUAUCUAAAGGAACAGCAACAGCAGAAACAGGAUCAGCAGCAGCAGCAACAGAAUCUAGCCAGAAAUCGGUAUAUUGCCAACUCUGGCGAGGAAUCGUUGAGUAAUGAAAGCACUGGCGGUGCAGCUGCCACCACUAUGGGUAUCUUUCGUACCACAACUACACACUUUCGGGAGCCAUCUAGUAUUGAACGGGGUGGGUUUCGACCCAUUGUACCGGCUCAAGUGGGUGGAUUUAUGCCUGUCCAUGAUCCACAACAGCGUCGCGGUGUAAUAGAGGCCGUGAAUAUAACCGCAAAGCCAACCAUGACAAGGCAAACGACAAGUGAUCGGCAUUUUGUACCCCUAGCUGGUCCACCACCCAAACCCACUAGCAGUGAUGAGAGCACCGACUCAGCCACUUAUGAGGUAACCGAAAUGACUACAGACGUAACCACCACCCAGUUGCCUCUUAUCAGAAGUUCGACGACCACUAGAACUUCAGCCACGACUAGCUCCACAACGAGCACGACAACGACCAUGACUUCAACAUCAACAACAUCCACAACCACAGAGAUGCCAGCAAGGGAUUCCUCAUCAAGUGGUUCACAAGAGCACAGUGGCUACAGAUCCCAAUAUGAUGAUGAUGAUGAAGAUUUGGAGGCCCAAUCGGUAACAUUGUUGCGUCCGCCGCCUCUGCUAGUGCAGACUACCACAGCGGAGACAAUACUUUUGAUACCACCUGCCGAAGAGCAUGUGGCUCAGAUACAGAAAAGCCAAUCGUGGGUAACCACAACCACAAGUACCACAGCAGCGCCGUUAGCGCGACCCCCUCCUCCACCAUUAAGGAUCGGCAGUGGAGUAGGCGGUGGUGGUGGCCGUUCCACCAUAACGAAAGUGUAUACCCCUUACCAGCAACAACAACAAUUAACUCAACCCACAGCUGAGGAAUACCAACGGACAACGCCCAGUGCACAAGCAGCUGCUGCUGCUGGGAAUGACAAUUUGUUGGCUCAAAAGAGAAGCGAAUUGGAUUUACUUCAAGUGGAUCGCUUAGAUCGCAAAGAUGGCAUGGAUUGGUACUAUGAGAGUUUUAAAAAGAAACGAGAUUUCCAAGGUGGCACAGUUGUGAGAAAAGCCUCUGGAACAAAGGAUCUCUUGGAGCCCAGUGGUGGGUCCACAUGUUGGCAUCGAUGGAGCCAAAUGAAAUUUUUAUUCCUUAGCUUAUUUUGGCUAUGGAGAAGAUUUUGAGUGCAAGUUCUAAAUAAGUGCAAGAA